AAAGACAAGGUUCCUACUUAGGGGUAACGGUUUCUGUUAAAAUACCUGUUGAUGCUUCUUGGGGAUGGAGGAAAAUUUUGAAGCUAAGACAACUAGUUAGGAAGGUCAUUCAACAUAUACCAGAUGAUGGCCAAGACAUAAAUCUUUCUUGCCCCUUAUUAGAGGUGUAUGGCAACUCUAUUGUUCAAGAUGCAAGGCUGCCUUCCCAAGCAAAUUGGCUAGAGAACAAGAGAAUUCACCAAAACAUUUUUAAGAUUUACAGUGCUAUUGUCCAUGAAAUUCAAUCUGAUGUCAAGUGCAAGAUCUUGAGUUUUGCUCGGCCAACAUCCUCCAUUUGCCUAAUGGCCAUUGCGUAUCAAUGGGGCCUGAGAUAGUGGUGCAAGGCUAAUUUUGUAGAGUAGUUACACAUAUCUGUAUAUUUUGACACAAUUUGCUAGUACUCAUUCUUUUGUAGCAACUUA